AUGGAUCUUCCAGCCAUCUCCACCAUUACCUCUCUCCCUCAAGAGACUCAGCUGCGCGUGCUGGACACGCUCUUCGAGCCCUCUCCCGAACUUCACCAACUGAUGAUCCCAGUUCUGGCCAACCAGACUUUCUCUUCAUAUGGCACUCUGAUCGAGGCUGUGGGUGGUCGUAUGUCUGCUCUCUCUGCCGUCAACUCCCCCACCGACCGGGACGUGUUAUUCGGCAUCCUAGGCUCCCACCCUCGCCUCGGUCGGGCUCCCGCCAACCCGGAGCAUCUGAGCGAGCUGAGCAAGAAGGAGCAGGAACAAUUGAAUACCGGCGCUGAAGAGCAGGGCGAGAAACUUCGAGCACUAAAUGCGGAAUACGAACAACGAUUUCCCGGAUUGCGAUUUGUCUCUUUUGUCAACGGCCGCAGCAGAGAUGUGAUUAUGGCAGAGAUGCGCCAGCGUAUUGACCGAGGUAAUCAAGAAAAGGAAGUUGAGGAAACAAUUCAGGCCAUGUGUGACAUUGCAAAAGAUCGCGCCCGCAAACUCCAGGCGCGCAUUUAG